AUGCAGAAUAGCCGUCUGGCAUUUGUAGCUUUCACUGCAUCAUGGUGUCCGUAUUCUCAGGAACUGUUGGGUUCAUUCACCCAAGCAGCUGCCAAAUACAAGGAAAAGUAUCCGGACCGAAAGACGGUAUGGGGAAAUGUGGACUGCGUUUCUGAAAUGAAACUUGGAGAUGAUUAUAAUAUUGUAAAAUAUCCAACAAUGAAAGUUUUCUUCUAUGGACAUCCGAUGGUUGAACAUCGAGGAUCUCGUCAAGUGAAUGGAUUGAUCGAGUUUGUUGAAAAAAUGGAGAAUACCGCGCAUUUUGUGGAUCUUAAUGAGGCAGAGAGUCUGACUCAAUGGCAGCAAUUCGUUCGACCUAAAAAGCCAACUCUGAUCGUUUGGUUCCCACAAGGAUCACCUCCAUACGAAAUGAUCCUCAAGGCAAUUGCUGUCAUUUACGAACGAACGAUAGUGGUCGGACCAGUCGUUUCCAAUCUUUUGGAACAUGAAGAACACAAGUUAUGGUUUUCUUUGGACGGAGAACAUGUUGAACACUAUAAUGGAUCUGUGACAAAUUUCAAGGAAAUUCUGGAGUGGAUCAAGCAAAAAGUGGUUGAUAUGGUGAGAGAGUUGACAUUCGAAAUUAUGGAAGAAGUUGCUGAACAAGAGAAACCAAUGCUGGUUUUGUUCCGAAAGAAGGGGGACCAGGAAACGGAGAGAAAGUUUAUCGAAGCUGUUGAUCGUGAUCUGGAAAAAUCAGUUCGUAGGAAAUUGAAUAUAUUUUUGGCAGAUGGAGAAAUCCUGAGAAAUGUGGUGAUCAGGUUCAACAGAAACCCAGAUGAUCUUCCAUUCCUUGUUGUUGACCAACUCGUUCAUGCUUAUCCAGCCGCUUGGACCGGUGACGAAAUUUUCGCCCCGGGGAAUAUUAAACAAUUUGUUUCCGACUUGUUCAACGAAAAUCAUCACAAGAAACUUCACGAAAAAGUGAAUGAACUUCUCCAGAAAAUUUUGACCGAAACCGAGCGGUUAGAAAGAGAAGCAGAGGAAGAAAAGGAUGAUUCCAAGGAGACACCGUCGACUCUUGAUAAACAAGAAAGCGUUUUCAAACAACUGAAACCCUCCAAGACUCGAUACUCUUUUGCGAAGGAGGAAUUGUAG